AGUGGUAGCCACAAAAAUCUCCGUUUGUAUUCGCUGAUGCGAUCAGCUACGUGAUGGCGCCGUUACCAAGACUGCCAAUAUUCCACAACAUUGCCGCGUCAAAGGUUAACUUUAUUUAAAUUUGAAAUAGAGAAUUCCAUCUGAAAACGGACGUUUCCAAGGAAAAAGAAGAAAAAUAUCUUCACUGCAAUUCUGGGGCAAAGACACCUUCUCUGAAAAACUACCAAGAUUUGGAAUUUUCAAACGCAACCGGGGAAAAGACAAGGGUGUCAAAAAUGAAUGAGGUGCCAGGAUGGACUCCGAGAGGUCGGAGUGAUUGUGGACACCCAGAGAGAGAUCAGCUACUAACCCAGCGUGUGGUGGCGGAGAACCAAAAGCUGGUGGACCAGAGCAACAAGGCCACAGAGCGCAUGCAAGAGGACGUAAAGACGAAGCUCGCCCAGAGGGUCCAGGAUGUCCGCAUGUGGAGGGCGGAGUUCUACAGGAAGCUGAGCGAGCUGCUGGAGGAGAUCGAGGCGCUCCAGGACCUCGGGACGAGGCUGGAGAGGGCGAUAGAGAGCUGCUCCGAGGCCCGGUCCAUCACGCUGCAGUGUUUGGCCGAGAGGCAGAACUAUGUGGGGGAGGCACGUGACAGGGUUGAGGGUGAACUGAUGAAGGACAUGGAACUGGUGGAGAGAGUGAUCUCAGUGCUGCACUCCACACUGAAACAGAGCAACGAGCAGAUCAGACUGAACCGUUCUUCUAAGUACUUGCUGGAGAGGGACCUUCUGGACAACUUCCAGGCGGAGCGGAUUGAUAGCUGUGUGCUCAACACCCCCCCGAAAGUGCUGUGUGCGGAGGAGGCUGACCUCUCUCCCCCUGGUGCCACUGUGAGCCCAGAUGACUGGAAUGAGUUCACCAACAUGAAGCUGUCCAGACUGGGCCAGCAGAGGAGGACUGGCCUGUCCCUGCGGGCCCAGGCAGAGAGCAUGCUGGACCAGAUGGCCGCAGACCUGCGCAGGCAGCACCAGGCCACAGGGGGCGUCAUCGAGCAAAGCAUCCAAGACAACAGGAAGGCCAAGAAGGAGAUAGAGGACAGUCAGGCCAAUGUGCAGGCAGACGCGGCGCGCAUGGAUAAGAGCAUGGUGUCUGUGAGAGGGACUCUGGAGGAGAAGCAGGGGCAGCUGAGAGCUGCGCAGGUGCAGCUGGCCGUGCGCGGUCAGAGACCCGGGAUCGAGCAGUGCCAGGACGCCGCACAGCUGCAGCUGCUCGCCCUGGGGCAGGAGCUGUCCGCUUACAUCAGCAGGCUAAGUGAGCGCUUCUCCCAGGCUGAAGUAGAGCUUCGCUGCCUGAACACGAAAUACAUUUUCCUGGAGGAGCAGGUCCAGAUGAGGUCGUACGCCCUAAACAUGGACGAGGCGACCUACGUGCUGCUGCAGCAGAAAGCCAACGCUUUUCAAUUCUGAAGAGGACCGAGA